AUGGUCGCCGCGGGAGGCAGCCACACGGUGCUGCUCAGGAGCGACGGCACGGCCGUGGCCUGCGGCUGGAAUAGCUACGGCGAGUGUAACGUGCCGGCGCUGGACGGAGGCCUGAGCUACACGCAGGUCGCCGCGGGAUACAGCCACACGGUGCUGCUCAGGAGCGACGGCACGGCCGUGGCCUUCGGCGCGAAUGACCGCGGACAGUGCAACGUGCCGGCGCUGGACGGUGGCCUGAGCUACACGCAGGUCGCCGCGGGAAGUGGCCACACGGUGUUGCUCAGGAGCGACGGCACGGCCGUGGCCUGCGGCGCGAAUGACCGCGGCAAGUGCAACGUGCCGGCGCUGGACGGUGGCCUGAGCUACACGCAGGUCGCCGCGGGAAGUGGCCACACGGUGUUGCUCAGGAGCGACGGCACGGCCGUGGCCUUCGGCGCGAAUCACCGCGGCCAGUGCCACGUGCCGGCGCUGGACGGUGCGCUGACGUACACCGCGCGCCUGCUCGUCGGCGCGACGCUGCUCCUGCAGGCGUCGCUCGACGGCGGCGCGGUGCGCUUCCUGACCCUGGGCGGGGUGGAGCGCUGCCGGGUGCGGGUGGCGCCCGGCGCGCCGCUCGCUGGCGUGCGCGACUGGCUGGCGGGCGAGCUGGGCGCGGGCAGGCUGGGCCCCGGGCUCGGCCGCGCCGACGCGGCCCUGCCAGGCGGACGGCUCCUGAGCGGGGCCUCGGCGGGCGAGACCGUCGCGGACGCCUUCGGGGUUGUAGACAUCGGGUGCCUCCAGGCAUCCAGGGGCGGGGUCCCUGUGGGCCGCCCCGGCUCGAGCCGUGGCCCUUCGCGGAGCCCCGAGCGCUCCCAGAAGCCCGCGCGGGCCUCCCGACCGCGCCCACGGAUGGUCGCCGCGGGAGACACCCACACGGUGCUGCUCAGGAGCGACGGCACGGCCGUGGCCUUCGGCGCGAAUGACUACGACCAGUGCAACGUGCCGGCGCUGGACGGUGGCCUGAGCUACACGCGGGUCGCCGCGGGAUGCAUCCACACGGUGUUGCUCAGGAGCGACGGCACGGCCGUGGCCUUCGGCGCGAAUGACCGCGGCCAGUGCAACGUGCCGGCGCUGGACGGUGGCCUGAGCUACACGCAGGUCGCCGCGGGAGGCAGCCACACGGUGCUGCUCAGGAGCGACGGCACGGCCGUGGCCUUCGGCGCGAAUGGCUACGACCGGUGCAACGUGCCGGCGCUGGACGGUGGCCUGAGCUACACGCAGGCCGCCGCGGGAUGCAUCCACACGGUGUUGCUCAGGAGCGACGGCACGGCCGUGGCCUUCGGCGCGAAUCACCACGGCCAGUGCAACGUGCCGGCGCUGGACGGUGGCCUGAGCUACACGCAGGUCGCCGCGGGAGGCAGCCACACGGUGCUGCUCAGGAGCGACGGCACGGCCGUGGCCCUCGGCGCGAAUUACCGCGGCCAGUGCAACGUGCCGGCGCUGGACGGUGGCCUGAGCUACGUGCAGGUCGCCGCGGGACACAGCCACACGGUGCUGCUCAGGAGCGACGGCACGGCCGUGGCCUUCGGCGCGAAUCACCACGGCCAGUGCAACGUGCCGGCGCUGGACGGUGGCCUGAGCUACACGCAGGUCGCCGCGGGAGGCAGCCACACGGUGCUGUUCAGCACACCGUCCUUCUUCGGAGCGACGGUGCGCUCCGACCUGGGCGGGGGGGAGCGCUGCCGGGUGCGGGUGGCGCCCGGUGCGCCGCUCGCUGGCGUGCGCGAGCUGCCUGGCAGCGAGCUGGGCGCGGGCAGGCGGAGCCGGGCUCGGCCGCGGCCGACGCGGGCCCUGCCAGGCGGACGGCUCCUGAGCGGGGCCUCGGCGGGCGAGACCGUCGCGGACGCCUCCGGGAGCGACGGCACGGCCGUGGCCUUCGGCGCGAAUGGCUCCGGCCAGUGCCACGUGCCGGCGCUGGACGGAGCGCUGACGUACACCGCGCGCGUGCUCGUCGGCGCGACGCUGCUCCUACAGGCGUCGCUCGACGGCGGCGCGGUGCGCUUCCUGACCCUGGGCGGGGUGGAGCGCUGCCGGGUGCGGGUGGCGCCCGGUGCGCCGCUCGCUGGCGUGCGCGACUGGCUGGCGGGCGAGCUGGGCGCGGGCAGGCUGGGCCCCGGGCUCGGCCGCGCCGACGCGGCCCUGCCAGGCGGACGGCUCCUGAGCGGGGCCUCGGCUGGCGAGACCGUCGCGGACGCCUUCGGGUUGUAG